AAAGAUUGAAGUAUUGGAAAAAGCUUUAUGGAUUCCGACGAGCAGAGGCUGAGAGAUGAGGUCAUAUAUCUCCACUCUCUGUGGCACCAAGGCCCUCCAAGAAAAACCAACACUAACCCUAACCCUAACCCUAGACCCAUCUCCAAAUCAUCAAGAACCCUUCAUCAGACCUCCAUUUCCAAAACUUUCAAGAACACCACCACCAAAAAACACAAAACCAAGCCCAAGAAACUCGAAAAGGCCAAAAAGCUGCCGGAAUCCGACCCACAACCCCCGGCCUCCGGCGCCGAAUGGCCGGUCCAACCCAUUUCAGACCAGCUCUCCGGAUGGUCAAAAUCCCCCUCCCUCCCCACAGCCAGGCCGGCCACGGCGGAGGAGGAAGCCAAGUUGAUUGCACUGCAAAUACAAGAAAAGGGUUUGGCCGCUUGCAGAGAGUUUUUCUCAAGGAAUGAGAGUGACGACGACGAUGAUGAUGUUGAUGAUGAUGAUCUGGAGGAAGAUGGGUGUGAGGAAUUUGAAUUCUUUGUGGGGUUGUUUUCGAAGGAUGCUGAAUUGAGGAGUUACUAUGAGAAGAACAAUGAGGGUGGAAUUUUCUGCUGUUUGGUGUGUGGUGGGAUGGGGAAGAAGGUUGGGAAGAGGUAUAAGGACUGUGUGGGGCUUGUUCAGCAUUCAAGUGCGAUUUCUAAGACGAACAAAAAGCGGGCGCAUCGAUCUUAUGGACAUGUUAUUUGUAGGGUUCUUGGUUGGGAUGUUAAUCGGCUUCCUACAAUAGCUUUAAAAGCGGGUGAUCAUCUCCCUCAAGGGGGAGAAUUGCAGGGUAAUUCCAAUGGCAAUACCGAUAAUUUGGAUUCCACCGAUGAUAAUUUGAAAUCUGUGAUCAAGGAUCAGAAUGUUGAUAUGGAUGAAGUGAAGGGCAAUAGCAGUGACAAUGCCGAUAAUUUGAAUGUUGUGGUUGAGGAUUCAAAUGCUAAUGGGGUUGAAUUGAAGGAUUCUUUGGAGGAGGGCAAGGACAGUAAGUUGGGAGAUCUUGAUAAGGGAGUUUCGGAUGCCACUCCUGGAGAGCUGGAUUUCACGGUGCCAAUUAAAGAAGAUGGUGUUGAACCUGAGAGUAAAGAUUCUCAAGAGGUGAUUAUAGUUUUUGGUGGAGCAAAUGGAGGAACUAGUGGAGUUGACUUGCAACAAUGAUUUGGGAAGAAGAAGCAAGUCAGGGUUUAAGAUGCACAGUAAGAUUUAUAUUUCUUGAACCUCAGGAGAAUGCUUGAUGGCAGAUUUUGUCAGCCCAAAAGUUCUUAUGAUGAAUGGUGGCGAAGGAUAUGGUUUUGUGAAGAGGUCUGAGAUGGAACCCUACCUUCAUCUGGUCAUGUGAGCAGCUGGGGAAGGGGAAAAUUUUCAUGGGUCCUGCUGGGGGUUGUGAGGACUGCAACCCACCCCUUUGUGUGGCUCAUUGCCUUUGGACCAAUUAAAAUGGUAACUUUCAGUCAUUGAAGAGUGUUCUCUUCUUCCCUUUUAAUUUUGCUUUCUUUGCUUCUUUCUUUUCGAAUUUUUUCUUCCCAUAAAUGAAUCCUGUUCCAUGUUUGGAUGUGAAUCAGUGCUUCUAGUUUGUGAUGAUGAUUCAGUUACUUGCCGUAGGCAUCAAAGAAGUCAUUUUGGAUUGGAUCAAUCUGCAUGUGCUCGUGUCUAGCUA